AUGCCUUCCUCUUCCCAGACGUCCCAGAAGAGCCGUGAAGAUGAGCCCAGAGUCUCGUCCUCUCAGAGCUUCCUGGAGGAGGAGGACCCGGGGCCCCAGGCCCAGCAACCUCAGGCUACCAGUUCAGGAGGCAGCGGACCCCUCAGCGACCGUGACCUCUCCCACGGGUCCCUGGUGAAGCUGGAGUACCUGCCCUUCUUCCGCACCUAUGGGCGGCUCCUGACUGAGGAGCUGACCCAGCAGCUAGAGGUUUGCAGGGACCGAGGAGGAGACUGGAGUAUCAGGGAGGCGCCAUUCUUGGAGGACUCAGAACCGCCCAAUGGGUUCUUCCCUUACUGCCGCUCGGAGGAGGAGAAUUUUCCCAGCCUUUCUUGUGGGGGCUCCCAAGACCCAUCCACCAGGAGGGAGUUGUGGGCUGGCUGCUUCUGCAGGACGACAGUCAGCAGUGGGAGCUCUGCUACCUCUGCAGGCCCGGUCCUGGUCUCUGGGUCCUCACCGGCCUGCUGCUCCGUCCUGCCGGCCUCAGUAGGUUACUCCCACGAUGGUGCUGGCCAGGGAACCUCUUUCUCCAGUGAUGCUGCCUUCAGUGGCCACGCCCUGUGUGCCUCAGGAUUCAUGCCUUACUACAGAACCCCCGAGGAGGGGCUCCACACUAGCCCUGGGCCCCUGUCUCUCCCGGGGGCCAGGAGCCCGCAGGGGAGCUGCCCAGGCCUGGUGCAGCCACACUGUGAGGGAGCAGAAACUGGCAUCAGCAAGAACCACCUGAGUCCGGCCCCAGCACCUGCUGAUCACUGA